AUGGAGAACCACAAACAACCCUGCUCGAGCUUCAUAGUUAGCCUGGUCUUCUAUGUGUGCUUCUUCUUCUACUUCGGGUUGUACAGCUUUGAAAUCAUGUUCAUCUUCUCGUCCAAAAUGGACUAUGUCAUGCUCUGCUUCCUGCUAAUAACAACCAUACUGUCCAUCUCCUUGGCCUCCAUCGGAUUAAUGUACACCUCCUACUUUCUAGUGAUCGUCAUAUCUUUAGUGGAAAUAUACGAAUACAAAAAUUCUUCGUUUGCUAGUGUAAUGGAUGAUGAGUUUAGCAAAGUGUUUUUAAUUGUUCGAUUAUUUGCCACCGUUAAUUUCCUCAUGUUUUACUACAUGCACAUAAACAACCUCAAAAGGAAGAAGCGGAUGGACUUGGCCAAGUCAAAGUCAAGUGAAAAGAAGACACAAACACAAACGGUGUAUGAAAGGAACUCACCGGCAUACAAGAAUGACGAUUUGAGACAUGGCGCCGCAUUACCUGUUGGUGGAAAGUUAAUUCAAGAAGUUGCUACACACAAGCACACGCAAGAUAAUGAUGGCCCAUCGAACAAAACACAAGUGAUAGAAGGCUAUAUAUUAAAACAUGUGACCAUUCCGAUUAUACAAAAGGAUGAAAAUUCUCCUCCUCCUGUUCUGUCCAGUCAACAGAGUAAAGUGUUUGAAGCCCCCCCUCACCAUCUUCCAUACAGCCACUACAGCGUCAAAAGUGUAAAUGGUAAUGCGCAAGGGUUGGGAGCUAAUCAGCCAUUGAGCGAUGGCACCUUUGUUGAUAACAGCAUGGACCAGACCUACACAAGGCAGUAUACUUCCCCGUGGGUAGUGCCCAACAACAACACCAGCUUGUAUGGAAACGACGUUCCUUUCGCAAGGGCGGAGAGUCAACAUUUGAAUAGAGUCCCCUACGGAAAUGCAACUACUAACGCUUGCUAUAAUGGCGUCUUGAACACGUACGCAGAGAAUAGGUUACCCGACGAUACGGAUCCAUAUCAAGUUAGGUCUCACCACAUGGGGGCCUACCAAUCAUGGGGGUACCCAUCGGGGGCUUACCAAGCGGGAGCAUAA